AUGGCUGCUGCCAAGAUUGUUGUAGCAGUGAUGAUGAUGAUGAUAAUGAUGUUUAGUACUGAAACCGCUGCUAAGUUGAACUGUGGGACUGUGUUUCAAAACUUGUCGCCAUGUCUUGGCUACAUUAGUACCGGGGGCAGUAAGAAACCUUCCCCUGCUUGCUGCAACGCCGUUAAUUCUCUCAACAACGCCGCUGUUACAACGCCUGAUCGCCAGACCGCCUGUACUUGCUUGAAACAGAUCGCCACCGGCUACUCUUCAACCAUCGUUGCUGUGGCUGCUACCAUUCCGGCAAAAUGUGGUGUUUCCAUUCCUUACAAGAUUGAUCCCACAAUUGAUUGUUCCAAGGUCCACUAA